CGUUAUCGUCCAUCUCGUGACACUGCUGACCUGUUUCUGUAUGUCUGCAGAUUUGCUCUGUCCUCCAUGGACAUGGAGCAGAGGGACUAUGACUCCAGGACGGCUUUACAUGUGGCUGCAGCAGAAGGACAUGCAGAGGUGGUGCGCUUCCUCUUGGAGGCGUGCAAAGUGAACCCUGUUCCCAUUGAUAGGUGGGAUAAGACCCCAAUGGAAGAGGUCUUGCAUUUUGUCCAUCACGACAUGGUCACCAUCCUCCAGGACUAUCAAAACAAGUACAACCCACAAGAGGCCCCCAAGAAGGACAAGGAGACAGCAGAGAACAACCUGGGCGGCCUGCUGUAGUGUAGACAUCCAAGCCAGUUGAUGGCGCCACGCUGCUUUUGUAUCCUCUCUACUAGACUGCUGUUUCUUUGGUGGGAUAAACACUUUUUGGAGUGACUUUUGUCGACUUUGUAUGAUGACUUUAUUUCUGAACUGUGUGUUUGAUUAAAUGUGUUUGACAUGUUUUAUA